AGGGGCAGGACAUCUCAAGAGGUGCUUGUUUCCUCUGGCCAUUCCCCAUUUGUGUGGGUCUUUUGCAGGAGGCGUCCGGCCAUCGCGAUCUCUGGGGUGCAAAGAGGUGACGCUGAAGGUCCGAGCAGGAACGAGUCUUUGCAGGCAGAGGCGCCCUUCGGAAGCAGCUCUCCACGGGUGAGAGGGCACCGUCUGAACCCUGCAACACGUGAAUGCCGGGUAGAAAGGGCCAUCCCUGCUGGACAUUGGCCGAAGAGCAAGGGAGGCCAUGCUGGAGAAUGAGGGGAACGUGGUCUCUCUGGCCCUGCUGCUUCCCAAGACGAGCCUCGUCCCCAGUGCAGAGCAAGAGGCAGAGCCCAGGCCUCCACAAUAUCAGAUCUCAGACGGAACAGGGGCUGCCAUUUCGGACACCAGCUCAGGAAACUCGAGGAGGAAAAAUUUCUGCCCAGAGUGUGGCCGAUGCUUUGCCUUCAGAUUGGCUCUUGCUAGACACCAGAGAAUCCAUACAGGGGAGAAGAUCCAGGAAAACUCUGAGAGUGGGGAAUGUUUGGGUCAGAGUUUGGAGCUUGCGAGCCAUUCGGAAACCCCUAUGUCUUCAGAGUUCAGUAAGGUUCUUGCCCAUCAGCCCAUCGUUCUGAUCCACCGGAACAUCCAUGCAGGAGGAGAUAUCUCAUAUCGCUGCUUGGAGUGUGGGGAAGGUUUUUCCCAACUCUCAGAUUUUGUGAAACAUGAAAGAGGCCACAGAGGAGAGAAACCCCGUAAAUAUGGCGAGAGUAGGAACGGGUUCCCCAAGAGAUCACAGCUUCGCAAACACCGUAAAGUCCACACAGGAGAGAAGCCCCACAAAUGCAGUGUGUGCGAGUUGUGCUUUUCUGUUAGGUCACAACUUGUUAGCCAUCAGCGAACCCACAGUGGAGAAAAACCCUAUAAAUGCCCGGAGUGUGGGAAAUCAUUUGCUCAUAAGUCAGGCCUUGUAAUCCAUCAGAGGCUUCAUACAGGAGAGAAGCCCUAUGAAUGCUGGGAGUGUGGGAAAUGUUUUCCUCAAAAUGCACAGCUUUGGAGCCAUCGUUUGGUUCACACAGGGGAGAAACGGUAUAAGUGCUUGGAAUGUGGAAGAAGGUUUACUCAGCGUUCCUCACUUGUAGUCCAUCAGAGAACCCACACAGGAGAACGGCCCCAUAAGUGCCAGGAGUGUGGAAAAUGUUUCCCCACAAAAGGAAGUCUCAUGCGACACCAGAGAAUCCACACAGGAGAGAAACCCUAUGAAUGUAGAGAGUGUGGAAAAUGUUUUCAUGAGAACGCUGACCUUCUGAGACAUAAGACUGUUCACAGCGGAGAGAGGCCCCAUAAAUGUGCGGAGUGUGGGAAAAGUUUUAUUGUACCAGCACAACUUUCAAUCCACCAGAGAAUCCACACUGGGGAGAAACCCUACAAAUGCAUGGAGUGUGGAAAAUGCUUUUCCCAGAAGCAGCACCUCAAGGCGCAUGAAAAAAUCCACACUGGGGAGAAACCCUACAAAUGCAUGGAGUGUGAAAAAUGUUUUGCCAACAAAUCAUACCUUCAUGUACACCAGAGAAUCCACACGGGGGUGAAGCCAUAUGAAUGUGGAGAGUGUGGGAAAUGUUUUUCUACUUCAUUUGGCCUUAAUAUUCAUAGGAGAGUCCACACGGGAGAAAAGCCACAUAAAUGUUUAGACUGUGGAAUGUCAUUUACUAUAGCACAAGGCCUUAGGAUGCACCAGAGAAUCCACACAGGAGAGAAACCCCACAAAUGCUUGGAGUGUGGCAAAUGUUUUCCAAGGAAAGACAACCUUGUGAUCCAUCAGAGGAUCCACACAGGAGUGAGGCCAUAUGAGUGUGGAGAGUGUGGGAAAUGUUUUUCUACUUCAUCACAUCUUCUUGUUCAUAGGAGAGUCCACACAGGAGAAAAGCUCCAUAAAUAUUUAGACUGUGGGAUGUCAUUUACUUCAGCACAAAGCCUUAAGGGUCACCAGAGAAUACAUACAGGAGAUAAACCCUAUAAAUGCUUGGAGUGUGAGAAAUCAUUUUCUAAGAAGUCAUACUUUGUUAUCCAUCAGAGGAUCCACACAGGAGAGAAACCUUAGACUCCAUGUGGAAUAAAGAGCAUAUAAAUGUUGGGAGUGUGGGGAAUGUUUUUGUCAGUGGUCAGCCCUCGUGGAACACAAGAGUGGCCAUCCAAAAAGGACGUAUAGAUAUCAGGAGUGGGAAAUGCUUGGUAAAGAAAUGAAUCUUUUAUGAACAUUGGCGAUUCCACAAAGGAAAUACAAGUCAAGUGUCUGGAGUGUGUGGGAAAUGGUUUGCUGCUUGUGUGGACCUUCCAAGGCCACAUGACCCGGAAGCUGUAUGCCUGCUCCCUUGGCAAGUAAAGCGAGAUGAGUGCCGCAUCCCCAGUCGUCCAUGACUGGACCUAAUGGUCAGGGGCUUCUUUACCUUUACCUUUAUUGUCCUAUAAAAUUAUCAGUAGAACUAUACAGAACAACCUUACAUUUACUGAGCAAAAUAUCGUCUUCAAUUAUAUACCCAGCACAUGGAACCUUUCAAAAGAGGUGACUCUUCCAGGUGGCUCACAAUUUAGCAGAACCACCUGCUCCAUCCGGGCCCAGUACGGGCCACAUGAUCUCCUGCAAUGAUUUUGCAAAGUUUUUUGCAGAUAAAGUCGCUCAGAUUCGGGAAGAGGUAGACUCCACCGUGGGAGCAGGGCCGGGGCGGGGGAGUGCUAGAGUUCUGUCUAGUCAAGUUGUGUGGGAUCAAUUUCAAUCUGUUACCUCCGAGGAUGUGGACAGGCUGCUUGGACGAGUGAAACCAACCACCUGUCUCCUUGAUCCUUGCCCAUCCUGGCUUAUAAAAGCUAGCCCAGAAGGGCUGGGCGAUGGGCUUCGCGGGUUGGUGAAUGCUUCUCUCCAUGAGGGAGCCUUCCCAGACCCGCUGAAAGAGGCGGUUAUUAAACUGCUUCUGAAAAAGCCAUCUUUAGAUCCGGCCAAUAUGGCCAACUAUCGCCCAGUCUCAAAUCUUCCAUUCUUGGGUAAGGUAAUAAUAAUUUAAUAAUAAUAAUUUAUUAUUUAUACCCCGCCCAUCUGGCUGGGUUUCCCCAGCCACUCUGGGCGGCUUCCAACAAAAAAUUAAAACACAAUAAUCUAUUAAACAUUAAAAGCCUCCCUGAACAGGGCUGCCUUCAGAUGUCUUCUAAAAGUCUGGUAGUUGUUUUCCUCUUUGACAUCUGUUGGGAGGGCGUUCCACAGGGCAGGCGCCACCACCGAGAAGGCCCUCUGCCUAGUGAUUGAGCGAGUGGUUGCCGAACAACUCCAGGCACGCCUGGAAGAAGCGGAUCAUUUGGAUCCCUUCCAGUCAGGAUUCAGACCUCAUCAUGGGACUGAAACUGCCUUGGUCGCACUGGUCGAUGAUCUCCGGCGGGCUAUCAGCGGCUUUUGACACCAUCGACCAUAACAUCCUUCUGGACCGUCUAGAGGGCUUGGGAGCUGGGGGCACUGUCAUACAAUGGUUCUGCUCCUUCCUCCUGGGCCGUGUUCAGAAAGUGGUGGUGGGGGAUGAGUGUUCAGACCCCUGGGCUCUCACUUGUGGGGUGCCUCAGGGUUCUGUCCUCUCCCCAAGCUUUUUAACAUCUAUAUGCAGCCGCUGGGAGAUAUCAUCAGGGGGUUUGGGCUGGGUGUUCAGAUACCCAGCUCUACCUCUCUUUUAAAUCAGAACCAGUGAAGGCGGUGAAGGUCCUGUGUGAGUGCCUGGAGGCGGCUGGAGGAUGGAUGGCGGCUAACAGAUUGAGAUUGAAUCCUGACAAGACAGAAGACUGUUUGUGGGGGACAGGAGGCGGGCGGGUGUGGAGGACUCCCUGGUCCUGAAUGGGGUAACUGUGCCCCUGAAAGUCCAGGUGCGCAGCCUGGGGGUCAUUUUAGACUCACAGCUGUCCAUGGAGGCACAGGUCAAUUCUGUGUCCAGGGCAGCUGUUUAUCAGCUCCAUCUGGUACGCAGGCUGAGUCCCUACCUGCCCACUGACUGUCUCUCCAGAGUGGUGCAUGCUCUAGUUAUCUCUCGCUUGGACUACUGCAAUGCGCUCUACGUGGGGCUACCUUUGAAGGUAACCCGGAAACUACAACUAACCCAGA